GGGGGGGGUGCCUGGGGUGCGGAAAAGCCGGGGAGGGGACUCCGUCCGGGGACUUGAUCGGGGGCCGGAGACCGACGGGGACGAGCGGCCCGGGACCCGCGCUGUCCCCACCCCUACUGAGAAGGCGCCCCCAUGGCCCGACCCCGCUGAUUGCUUCACUCGGCCAUGCUCCCGCGGCCCCUGCGGCUGCUUUGGGACACGAGCCCCCCCGGGGGAGUCGUGCUGAGCAGCUUCCGGAGCCGAGACCCCGAAGAGGGUGGGGGCCCAGGUGGCCGGGGCGUGGGCGGGGGGCAGGAGGAGGAGGAGGAGGAGGAAGAAGACGAGGCCCCCGUGUCUGCCUGGAAUGAGGAGGAGGAUGGUGCCACCUUUACUGUCACAAGUCGCCAGUAUCAGCCUCCUGAUCCUUUGGCCCCAAGGCCUCCCCCGCGUUUCUCUCGGAGGCUCCGAGCCGGAACUUUGGAGGCCCUUGUCAGACACCUGCUGGAUGCCGGAACAUCGGGGGCUGACGUGACCUUCAUGGCCGCCUUCCUGGCCACUCACAGGGCCUUCACCUCCACACCUGCUGUGCUAGGACUGGUGGCAGACAGGCUGGAAGCCCUUGAAUCUCGUCCUCCUGAUGAACUAGAGAGGACAAAAGGGGUAGCCAUCUCUGUACUGUCAACCUGGCUGGCCUCUCACCCUGAGGAUUUUGGCUCUGAGGUCAAGGGUCAGCUUGACCGGCUUGAGAGCUUCUUACUGCGGACAGGGUAUGCAGCCGGGGAGGGUGUUGGGGGGGGCGGCGCUGACCUCAUCCGCAACCUCCGGUCCCGGGUGGACCCCCAGCCCCCCGACCUUCCUAAGCCCCUGGCCCUCCCCGGCGACCCCCCUGCUGACCCCACGGAUGUUCUGGUGUUCCUCGCUGACCACUUGGCCGAGCAGCUGACCCUGCUAGAUGCGGAGCUGUUUCUCAAUCUGGUCCCCUCUCAGUGCCUGGGGGCCCUGUGGGGUCAUAGAGACCGACCAGGACAUGCCCACCUCUGCCCAUCUGUCCGGGCUACUGUCACGCAGUUUAACAGAGUGGCAGGGGCAGUGGUCAGCUCCGUCCUGGGGGCCACCUCAACCGGGGAGGGGCCUGGAGAGGUGACCGUCCGGCCACUUCGCCCCCCUCAGAGGGCUCGGCUCCUGGAGAAGUGGAUCCGUGUGGCAGAGCUGCGGCCUCCCGCUGUGACCCCACAGGAGUGCCGCCUGCUCCGGAAUUUCUCUUCUGUGUAUGCUGUCGUGUCGGCCCUGCAGUCCAGCCCCAUCCACAGGCUUCGAGCAGCCUGGGGGGAAGCAGCCAGGGACAGCCUCAGAGUCUUCUCCAACCUCUGCCAGAUUUUCUCGGAGGAGGAUAAUUACUCACAGAGUCGGGAGCUCCUCCUGCAGCAGGAGGGGAAGCUGCAGCCCUCUCUGGAGCCAACUUCCAAGAAGUCCCCCAGAUCUGGCUCCCGGGGUGGGGGUGUGGUCCCAUACCUUGGCACCUUCUUGAAGGACCUUGUGAUGCUGGAUGCAGCCUCCAAGGAUGAGCUGGAGAAUGGAUACAUCAAUUUUGACAAGCGGAGGAAGGAGUUUGCUGUCCUAUCUGAGCUGCGGCGGCUCCAGAAUGAAUGUCGCGGCUAUGAUCUCCGACCUGACCCUGAAAUCCAGCGGUGGCUGCAGGGCCUCCGGCCACUGACAGAGGCCCAGAGCCAUCGUGUGUCCUGUGAGGUGGAGCCACUUGGGACUGGUGAUCCUCCUGCACCGCGGGUGCUCCGGCCAACGCUGGUCAUCUCCCAGUGGACAGAGGUUCUGGGUUCUGUUGGGGGCCCCACCCCCCUUGUCUCCUGGGACCGGCCCAGCGUGGGGGCAGAUGAGGCAGCUGGAACCCCCGCCCCACUGCUGACCCGGCUGGCCCAGCACAUGAAGUGGCCGUCUGUCUCGUCCCUGGACUCUGCCCUGGACGGCACCCCUACCCUACAGAGUCCGGUUAACCCCAGCCACCUCUCACCCCCCACUUCCUCCCCGAAGCCUUCUCGAGGUCACCGCCGAUCAGCCUCGUGUGGCUCCCCACUCAGUGGGGGAGCAGAUGGGGCCUCCAGGGGGGCUGGAUGUGGAGGAUGUGGGUCUGGGCCAGGGGCGUCUGAUUGCCGGAUCAUCCGCGUCCAGAUGGAGCUGGGGGAAGACGGCAGUGUCUACAAGAGCAUCUUGGUAACAAGCCAGGACAAAGCUCCAAGUGUCAUCAGUCGUGUCCUUAAGAAAAACAAUCGUGAUUCUGCAGUGGCUUCAGAGUAUGAGCUGGUGCAGCUGCUACCAGGGGAGCGAGAGCUGACCAUCCCCGCCUCGGCCAACGUCUUCUACGCCAUGGAUGGUGCGUCCCACGAUUUCCUCCUGCGGCAGCGGCGCAGGCCCUCUACUGCUACGCUGGGCCCCUCUGCCUCGGGGACGCCCCCGAGCGCGGGGGGAGGGGGCUCCUUCCCCAGGAUCAAAGCCACGGGGAGGAAGAUUGCCCGGGCACUGUUCUGAGGGGAGAGCCUCGGCUCACAGAACUCACUGCGGCCAUACCAGACGGGGGCGCUACGUUGGGAAAAAAUCCAGCAAGGCGGCCAACUACCCUGAGGCAGUGAAGUGCCGCCAGGUUACCAGGCAGCCAAGACCCAGCCUGUGGGACUGGCACCUCUGAUCCCAAGGUGGACAACCUAUGUGUAGCUCUUCCCGAUUUCCAAAAGUGUGGCACACAGCUGGUUCCUGACACCUGGCCACACCCUCGCAUGCCCAGGCCCAAGAAGGGCCUAGAAGUGGGAGAGGGGAAAAGCCUAGAGGCUCUGAGCCCCAGGCAAAGGGAAUGGCAAGUAGGAGUUCCUUUUCCUGGUCUAGGGAUUCCUGUCACUGUGACAACACUAAUAAACCAAAACACUACCUGAA